ACUUAGCUAUGCCAAAAAAUAAUACAGAUGAAGCAAUUGUAGUAGCCAGUUCUCACGUUUUGCAAUUUCAUAGAGAGUUAGCAGAAGUUAGGCAAUUAUCUAACCCACCUAAAGCUCCCAACCACUUUUUCUUAAAGAAAGGACUUAGAAAAAUUCAAAAUAUCAAUACUACUAAAAUUCCUACUAUGCAAGAUCUUGCAGAUGUAAUUAUGAUAUUAAGCAUAAAACCCACCGAAGUUGCCACUCUUCGUAUUAUCCAUUAUAAACCUGGUGAAUUGAAUCCUCCUGAAUGGUACAAGCCUGGUUAUUCUUGGUAUUGUAUCAGGUAUAUUAAAAACAAAGGAGAAGCAAAAAAUAAUCCCGAACCUCGGCAAUUUCUAUUCAUGGAAAAGAAUUCAGAAUCCAAAAGAUUAAGAAAAAUUGGAGAUAAACAUGCUUCUAGAGUUCAUGGCGGUCAAAAUUCAACUUCGCAACAUCUUGAAUUUCUUAGCAAAAUUGCAAUAAGAUAUAAAAUAGACUGUUUUAAUUCUAGAAAGUAUUAUACUGAGGGUAAUACUUCAAAUUCUGACCUUGACUCAGAUCCAGAGCCUAAACCUGAAACUCUAGCUCCUACACCCAAGCCAAUUAAUAAGAAUACUUCUAAAAUUGAGGAUAUCUAUGACUUAUAUGAGA